AUGACGCGUAACAAGCUCAUGAUCAAGACCUGCGGAAAUCUGCGCGCACGAUCUAACAAAGCCAUCAUAGGUGUAGCCCUCCGUAAGCAGUUGGAUGGACCUCUGAAGCGCGGAAGUACAGAACUUGAGCUAGUUUUAUUGGCCUUAGCUUUAGCUUUAGCCUUAGCUUUAGCCUUGUCUUUAGCCUUAGCUUUAGCCUUAGCUUUAGCCUUAGCUUUAGCCUUAGCCUUAGCCUUAGGCUUAGCCUUAGCCUUAGCCUUAGCCUUAGCCUUAGCCUUAGCCUUAGCCUUAGCCUUAGCCUUAGCCUUAGCCUUAGCCUUAGCCUUAGCCUUAGCCUUAGCCUUAGCCUUAGCCUUAGCCUUAGCCUUAGCCUUAGCCUUAGCCUUAGCCUUAGCCUUAGCCUUAGCCUUAGCCUUAGCCUUAGCCUUAGCCUUAGCCUUAGCCUUAGCCUUAGCCUUAGCCUUAGCCUUAGCUUUAGCCUUAGCUUUAGCCUUAGCUUUAGCCUUAGCUUUAGCCUUAGCUUUAGCCUUAGCUUUAGCCUUAGCUUUAGCCUUAGCUUUAGCCUUAGCUUUAGCCUUAGCUUUAGCCUUAGCUUUAGCCUUAGCUUUAGCCUUAGCUUUAGCCUUAGCUUUAGCCUUAGCUUUAGCCUUAGCUUUAGCCUUAGCUUUAGCCUUAGCUUUAGCCUUAGCUUUAGCCUUAGCUUUAGCCUUAGCUUUAGACUUAGCUUUAGCCUUAGCUUUAGCCUUAGCUUUAGCCUUAGCUUUAGCCUUAGCUUUAGCCUUAGCUUUAGCCUUAGCUUUAGCCUUAGCUGUAGCCUUAGCUUUAGCCUUAGCUUUAGCCUUAGCUUUAGCUUUAGCUUUAGCUUUAGCUUUAGCUUUAGCUUUAGCUUUAGCUUUAGCUUUAGCUUUAGCUUUAGCUUUAGCUUUAGCUUUAGCUUUAGCUUUAGCUUUAGCUUUAGCUUUAGCUUUAGCUUUAGCUUUAGCUUUAGCUUUAGCUUUAGCUUUAGCUAAAGCGGCUAAGCUAAAGCUUUAG